CACAAAAUGAGCAGAGAAGGUAAGAAGAGUACUCAUAAUAAAGGAUGGCCGCAGACGAUUCGUGCUUCCCGGCGCGCGACGUCUCAGCUCAGGAACCGCCGGACCGGGCAUGAGCAUCCGCCGCCGCCGCCGACCGCCGUCACCGAGCCGGCGUGGUCGGAUUCAUGAACGGCCGGAAGCACCUUCUCGAGCCGCUAGCCCAGUGCCGGUCACUCCUUCAGCGCUUCAAAGCGGCUCGGUCCCUGACGAACACCAAGCUGCUCCACGCCCAGAUCGUCGUCUCGGGACUGCUCCCCACCUCAGGCUCUUCCGCCGCCGCCGCCGCCCAGGUCCUCUCCAAUCUCGCCCUCGCUUACGCGCUGUGCGGGCACGCCCCCCACGCGGCCGCGCUGUUCGACGGAUUGCCCGAGAGAAGCCCGCCCCUGUGCAACGCCCUCAUCAGGAUGUACAACCUCUGCGGCCGACACCGCGAGGCGCUCCGCGUGUUCGUCGGGAUGCUGGCCCCGGGUCGGUGCCCGCCGGAUAAUUUCACGUACACGUUCGUUUGCAAGGCCUGCGGCGAGCUGUCGCUGCUCGACGUCGGGUUUGCUGUCCACGGGAAGGUAUUUGCUGCCGGGUUUGAUUCGGACGCCUUCGUGCAGAAUGCUUUGCUCGCUCUGUACAUGAAUUGCGGGGAAAUGGCGGCCGCAAGAAAGGUUUUUGACGAGAUGCAGGAGCGGACGGUGGUGUCGUGGAAUACUAUGAUUAGUGGGUACUUCAAAAAUUCAUAUGCGGGGGAGGCAGUGAUGAUUUUUAAGUUGAUGAUGAAUGCUGGUGUGGAGCCUGAUAGUGCCACAGUGGUUUCAGUGUUGCCAGCUUGUGGUAAUCUGAAGGAGUUAGACUUGGGAAAGUAUGUUCAUAAUAUUGUUGAGGAGAAAGGUUUAGGGAACAAGAAUAUAGCUGUGAGUAACGCAUUGCUAGAUAUGUAUGCAAAGUGUGGUAGAAUGGACGAAGCUGAGGCAGUUAUCCGUGAAAUGGAUAAGAGAGACGUUGUAACAUGGAGUGCCAUGAUUAACGGAUAUGUUUUGAAUGGUGAUGUCAGAAAAGCUUUGGAUAACUGUCUGCUAAUGCAGUUUGACGGGGUGAAACCAAAUCUAGUGACCAUAUCUUCUCUCCUUUCAGCAUGCGGUAGCUCCUUUCUGCUCAAGCUUGGAAGGUGCUUGCAUGGCUGGUCGGUGAGACAAAAGCUUGAAUCUGAUCUACUGAUAGAGACGGCACUAAUUGACAUGUAUGCGAAAUGCAAGCGUGUGGAUGUCAGCUUCCAUGUUCUCGCAAGAGCUUUACAGAAGAGGACUGCGCCGUGGAAUGCAGUCCUGUCGGGAUGUGUCCAUAAUGGCCUUGCUAAAGAAGCCAUACAGGCUUUUAAACAUAUGCUGAUAGAAGAAGUAGAACCGAACCUCGCAACUGUGAACAGUCUCCUUCCAGCAUAUGCCAUUCUAGCAGAUGUGCAGCAAGCAAUGAAUAUACAUGGUUAUGUUGCAAGAUCUGGCUGGGUAAUAAAUGUGGAAAUCAUCACAGGCCUUAUUGAUGUAUACACAAAGUGUGGACGUCUAGAAUCUGCUCACAAACUUUUUAAUGAUAUCCCUAGGAAUGAGAAGGACAUCGUAGUUUGGAGCGUAAUAAUAGCUGGUUACGGAAUGCAUGGGCAUGGUGAAGCUGCUGUUUCGCUUUUUAAGGAAAUGGUUCACUCGGGAGUUCAUCCCAAUGAAGUCACUUUUACCUCUGUUUUGCAUGCUUGUAGCCAUGCAGGUCUGGUGGAGGAGGGUUUGGAUUUGUUCAAUUUCAUGCUCAAUAAUAACCCAGUGACGCCACAUUUUGAUCACUACACAUGCAUUGUUGAUCUUUUAGGCCGUGCAGGUCGGCUGCAAGAGGCUUAUGAUUUAAUUAAAGCAAUGCCAUUUAAGCCCAACCAUGCUGUUUGGGGUGCGUUGCUUGGUGCUUGCGUAAUCCAUGAGAAUGUGGAAUUAGGUGAGAUCGCAGCAAAGUGGCUCUUUGAGCUUGAGCCUGAGAACACAGGCAACUAUGUACUGCUGGCAAAAAUUUAUUCAGCAUUGGGAAGGUGGAAAGAUGCUGAGGACAUUAGACAUAUGAUGAAGAAAAUAGGAUUGAGAAAAGCACCAGCUCACAGUUUAGUAUAAGCUUUGCAGGGGUAGAUACUGGAAUUCUCGUUACUGUGUAUCAGAGCCUGUAUGCUACCCAUAUCAUAGAAUCCCCCUGAGUCGCAAUUUGCAAACUGUUACUGGAGCUGAUUUACAAAGCGAAUUGCAAGAGGUUUGGAAACCGCAUCGUUUACCAUCUUCUGUGUAUAGGAAUUAAAAGAGUGGAAAUUUGCAAAGAAAAAUUCCGACCACAAGCAAUUAACUGGUCGAAAUGACUUGCGGACUUUAUGCUCUCUUUUCUCUGAGCAGGGGCCACCUAUCCAUGGAGGAUUUGGUUUCCAGAAUAUCCAAACAGAUUGGGCAUUUACUUCUACUAGCACCUGCAGUUAUGCUUUCUCAGGUCGGUGAUGAUAUUCAUAGGCAUGGCAACUUGGGAACAGCAGAUUGUCCCCCUUUGGUGACAUUAAAUUCAACUCGGGAACAACAUAAAGCAAAUUGGAGAUCGUUUUCAAAGUUGCAGUACAGCCAAGUAUUGGAUAUCUGAAGUAAUUAGACAUCCAUUCUAUUUUCUCCAUCAAUUAUGCUUGCUGUUUGCCUGGAUCUACUUAACUUCAGCUUACUGACAGCAUGAACUCAAUUCAGUUGUUAUUGGAAUUCCACCGCAUGAGUAUGAAAAGAUACUGAAGUGGCUUCCAGGUUUGUCCGACUUGGAAAUCGAGUCGGCUCCAUCUUACAUCGGAUUGUAGAUCGAGUUCGAUACAGAAAUGUCUGACUGGGAUACCAUGUCUCUAUUUAUGUAGUCGGGGAUGAGUUGAAAGUUCCUUUAGCUAAUGGCUAAAAAUGCCUGUAAAGGAUUCUCCCAUGUGGGUCACAAAGCAAAAGCUAAUCGCAGAGUGCGAGUCUUGUGCUUAUUGAAGACAAGAAUGAGCUGCAUUCAUUUGAGAACCCCUCUUGUUUAAUCAAGAGAUGCUAGAAGUUGUGAGCUAAAUUGGUUUGUAAAGUGAUGCUGGCGAGGUUCAUCCACUAAUUUGAAUAACAAUUUACAGGUUGUCUUCUUAUUCUGUUUCAGGGGUUUAGCAUAUGGAUGUCAGUAUAGCCCGACACUGGUGAAUUGUCCCCUCCUUGGCUUUUAUAUAAAGAAGAAAAAAGAAAAGUGCAUCUUUCUGUCUCCA